ACCCUGAGCUUCCCAAGGGUCUUCUCCACCGGCGAUGCCGAAGCUCCGUCCCAGCCCUUGCGUCGUCCCACGCAGCAGCAGCAGCAGCAGCAGGGUCAGCCGCGCCUACCUGUCUCACCCAGGCUCGUCUCCGCCGUCCACCCUGCCCGCGAUCUCUCUCUGCUCGCUCCUUCCUUCCACCCGGUUUCCACAGCACAACCGCAAAGUGCGCACGGCCGUGACGUCACUCCAGGAGCUCCAGUCACCGGGCGUCCAGCGAGGGUGGGCGCUGCCGCUGGGCCACCGCACCAGCCCUGCAAGCAUGCGCGGACCCGCGGAUGCACCCGGGACCUGCGUACAGCGCUUUCCUCCCGUCCGCGUUUCCGGUGGGGAUGUUAAGGUCCUUUUAUUGAAAGGCCCUCCUUCUUGUGCGCCUAAUGUCCAAUCUUUUGGGUCCCGCGGCAAAAGAAGGAACGGGAGUGGGAUUUGGCUAACAUUGUUCUGCUUUCAUCCCAACAAUUGGCAUCUUCUUUACUUCUCCAGCCCACUGUUCGUCUUUAUUCCUGAAUUUCAGGAAACAGAACAAUGUAUCACCUUCACUUUUGGGCCAUCAGCAGGGAGUUCAAGGAGCAUUCUGGUUGGUAUUAAAUUGGUUUUCUUAAACAGAUUGUUUUAGAUUCUAGUUUUAUUUUCAUAAUAGGCCAAGCCAAUUCAGAGGCAUCUUACUAACUGCUAAGUGAAUAUGAGUGUAUAUAUAAGAAGCCCAAGGUAAAAUUUCUUCUGAACCAGAGACUGUUCUCAGAUACUCCAUCUUGCAGGCUUCCUCUUGAGGUCGCCUGGGCUAGCAAAUCCCCUACUGUAACAAAGUUUGAUUUUAGGAAGCUGAUAUCUGCUUAUUAGCUCACGAUAUUGUUUCUGUAACUAGUGAAUGAUGCUUGAAUUGAUCUUUCUAUACAUGUGUUGAAGUAAUGUUUUCCCUCCUUAUUCAAGCAUAUAUACAUACAUGUAUGCAAUUUUCCAUCUGAAGUAUUUUUUAGGAUAGUUCACAUUAAAAUGGUUAAAAAGAUUACAACAAACAUUAAAACAGUAAAAACUAAAAUACAUAAAACAGCAGUAUAAAAAUCACCUCAUGGGAAGAUGAUUAGAAGAAACCAAGCGGGUGCUGUGGCAUAUAUGGAAUGCCACAAUGGGGAAGUCUUUCAUGCACUUGCCGGCAGCUUUCUCUCAAUGGAACUGCCCAGAGUUUGUCUGAGAGCAGUAGCAGGCUCACAACAGGUGCCUUUUGGGGGCUGGUAAUUCUAAACUCUGUACUGUUUUUCAAAAAGAGAGCAUGAAAAAGAAUAUGGAGAAAACAGUUAAAGCUUUUAGUUCAGAAAAAGGGAUGAUUUGAAGGGAAGGGAAGAAGCUUACAAAAUGUUGAAUGAUGGAGAGAAAGCAGACAGAUAUACCCUCUUUCCUUGUUUUCAUAUUAAAUUUCAGGUUUAUUCAGUGAUUAGUAAUUAAUUGAAUGAUAAUAUUUUUAUUUAUUUGUUUAUCAAAAUAAGUGUAUUUUUUAUUAAAUUUAAAUUGAUAUAGCCACUCGUUUCCAUAUCACUGGCAGCAGUCCUUUAACUGUGGAAAUGAAAUAAGAUCAAAUUCUUGCCCUGAAAUAUAAUGAUAUAUAUUUUCAGCCACUGAAAAUUCUAUUCAGCUGGAUUAUUAAACAUUUUGAAAACUCCUCAAAGACAGUGCAUCAACAAUAUAUUACUAUGCUCCAAUAUGGAGUUUACCAAUCUAACUAAUCAUAGCCAAACUGCAGUUAUUUUAUUGGAAGCCUUGGCUGGUGCAUGAUUCUUAGAAGAUGGCAGAAGAUGGCAUCCACUGUGGAAGACACUUGGGCUUCCAAUGACUGCUAGAUUCAGGAGGGCAAACCUCAUAAUUUAUCUUGGGGGAAGGCAGCCAUUUUUAACCUGAAUAUUUAAUUUUGCUGGGAUGGCAUGUAAGGGGUUAAUGUUUAGAAUAAAAUUUAACAUUUAAAUUGAAUUGAGUUAAAUUAAAUACAAUAUAUAUAUAAUUGCACUUUGUGACUUUAAUAAUGUUUGAUGUGCAACAUACAGAAUUAAUAUGUGGUAGUAACUCAUAAGAGACUCUAGAAAUCAAUUAUAUAAUCAUAUAAGAAACUUAUAAGUGACUCUAGAGGUCACACUCUAGAGGCUCAGAAUGAACAAAAACUUGCAACAAAAGCCAAAGAUAAUAAACACUUUUUUUAACAUAUAAAUAACAAGAAAAAAGUCAAGGAAAAAGUAAGGAAGUAACAGACAAUAGAGAGAAAGCAAAAUGGCUUAACUUAUUCUUUGCAUCAGUCUUCACGCAAAAAGAAACUAGCUCAACUUACCAAAAACAUAGCCGUAAAAGACAGACUAGAAAUGAAAAUUGACUUAUGACCAUUUUUCACACUUAUGACUGCUGCAGCAUCCCCAUGGUCAUGUGAGUUACAUUCAGAUGCUUGACAACUAGUU